GUUACUGCACUGUGUGUGGGUUGGCAGGCGGAGAGGAAGGUAGUGUGGAGAGCAAGAGGUGCUGGGACUGGAGCCUGGACAAGCUGCAGGAAGGGGGACAAAGUUUCUGUGAAAUUUGAACUUGACACAGACUUCAAGAAUUUACACUAAGGUGCCUCUGGCCAUCCGCAAUGGCACACACAACACACAUUUCCAAAGACGAGCUGGAGGAGCUUAGGGAGGCGUUUAGUAAAGUUGAUCUUGACAGCAGCGGCUACAUUUCAGACUAUGAACUCCACGAUUUAUUUAAAGAAGCCAAUCUUCCCCUUCCUGGAUACAGAGUGAGGGAGAUCAUCCAGAAGCUUAUGCUUGAAGGAGAUAAAAACAAGGAUGGAAAAAUAGGCUUUGAAGAAUUUGUUUUUAUUGUUCAAGAGUUGAAAAGCAGUGACAUUGCCAAAACAUUCCGAAAAGCAAUCAAUCGUAAAGAUGGAAUUUGCGCAAUUGGUGGCACGUCUGAGCUCUCCAGCGAAGGAACCCAGCAUUCCUACUCAGAGGAGGAAAAAUAUGCCUUUGUAAACUGGAUUAACAAAGCUUUGGAGAAUGACCCAGACUGCAAACAUGUUUUGCCAAUGAAUCCAAACACCAAUGAUUUAUUUAAAAAACUCGGGGAUGGCAUCGUCCUUUGUAAAAUGAUCAACUUGUCUGUUCCUGAUACGAUUGAUGAAAGGGCAAUCAACAAGAAAAAAUUAACGCCAUUCACGAUUCAGGAAAAUUUAAACCUUGCAUUGAACUCUGCCUCUGCCAUUGGGAGUCAUGUGGUCAACAUUGGAGCAGAAGACCUGAAAGCCGGGAAACCUCACCUUGUGCUUGGGCUUCUGUGGCAAGUCAUAAAGAUUGGUUUGUUUGCUGACAUUGAACUGAGCAGGAAUGAAGCUCUUGCUGCUUUGCUUCGCGAAGGGGAGACCUUGGAAGAACUCAUGAAAUUAUCCCCCGAGGAACUUCUUUUGAGAUGGGUUAAUUUCCACUUGGAGAAUUCAGGCGGGCAGAAAAUCAACAACUUCAGCUCAGACAUCAAGCUUACUGACUUUGGUAAUUCAGUAAAGGACUCGAGAGCGUACUUCCAUCUACUUAAACAGAUUGCACCAAAAGGGCAGAAAGAAGGCGAAGAACGAAUUGACAUUAACAUGUCUGGAUUCAAUGAAAAGGAUGAUCUGAAGCGAGCUGAGUACAUGCUCCAGCAGGCAGAUCAACUCGGCUGCAGGCAGUUUGUCACUCCUGCUGAUGUUGUCAGCGGAAACUCCAAAUUAAACUUGGCCUUUGUAGCAAACCUGUUCAACAAGUACCCUGCACUUACAAAACCAGAGAACCAGGACAUUGAUUGGACACUCCUAGAAGGCGAAACUCGAGAGGAAAGAACAUUCCGGAACUGGAUGAACUCUCUUGGCGUGAACCCUCACGUUAACCAUUUGUAUGGAGAUCUACAGGAUGCCUUAGUAAUUUUGCAAUUGUACGAGAAGAUUAAAGUUCCCGUUGACUGGAAUAAAGUGAACAAGCCACCAUAUCCUAAACUUGGGGCAAAUAUGAAAAAGCUUGAGAACUGCAACUAUGCAGUUGACUUGGGGAAGCAUCCUGCUAAGUUCUCACUUGUGGGGAUUGGAGGUCAGGAUCUGAAUGAUGGAAAUCCAACACUGACCUUGGCCUUGGUCUGGCAACUGAUGAGACGGUGCACAAUAAAUGUACUGGAGGACCUGGGUGAUGGCCAGAAAGCAAAUGAUGACAUCAUUGUAAAUUGGGUAAAUAAAUCAUUAUCUGAAGCUGGGAAGACCACCUCUAUUCAGAGUUUUAAGGACAAAACAAUCUCCACCAGUUUAGCAGUAGUGGAUCUGAUCGAUGCCAUUCAACCUGAAAGUAUUAAUUAUGAACUUGUAAAGACUGGCGAUCUUACUGAUGAAGACAAGCUUGAGAAUGCCAAAUAUGCAGUGUCUUUGGCGAGACGUAUUGGUGCAAGAGUAUACGCUCUUCCAGAGGACCUUGUAGAAGUGAAACCCAAGAUGGUCAUGACAGUGUUUGCCUGCUUGAUGGGACGAGGGAUGAAGAAAGCAUAAAUUUGACAUUCCAGAUUGGAGGAAGUGUGAACCCCCCCCCCCCUAACCCUGAAUAUAUAUUACCAUUUUAUUAGCCCCACACCUAGUUCUACAUUGGGUGUAAGGGUUGCUAAAUGUGGCAAGAGUUCAGGUGUUCCUAGCAACAUUAGAAGCCUCCCAAUCCUCAGGAAGAAGCGCUGUAAAGCCACAAGUGCUCUCUUUCCGGUUGACCAUUCAAGUUCACACCGAAAUGCAUUCAUGCUUUGGACUGUUUGGCUUUUCCCGGUUAUAUCAUUAUUGCUGUUCCAUGAAACCGUCAAUGUAUUGCAGAGCUUUGUGAUUGCAAACAUAUGCUGCAGAAAAUGGGGUAUUUUAUUUUCUGGUACUGCAGCUAUAUUUUCAUAAGGUGAUGGAAUUUAUAACCCAUAUCUCUCAUUCUUGUCUAGUUAAAAUAAUAUACAUCACCAUGUCUGUGGAUUUUUUGGGGGGAAAUAAAUAUGAUGGGUAAACACAGACCAUUUUUUUUUUAUUUUUAUUUUUAUUGCUUUUCUACUUGAGGGGUGUAUUUUUGUAACCGAAACAGGCCAUCAUGUUCUGAGCAAAUGGAUUCUGCUGUUUCAUUGGGUUGUUUGCUAGCAUUAUAAAACCUUGAACACUACAACUAUAGUCCGUUUUCCCUCUAGGGCGAGUAUUUUUAGGCUGGAAAUGGUUCAAAUAAUUUCUUAUGAUAAAAUCUACAGAACAUCCUUGCCUUGAGUAUCUUCUGCAACUGCAGUGUGAUUUUUAAUUUUUUUUCCCUGAUGACUUUAUUGAUAAUUAUUUCAGCUCUGGAUGGCUCACCUUAGAGGGAAUACUGCCUUUGAAUUUAAAUGCUUGAUUAAAAGUGGCGUGCAAAGUGCUGAAAGGCUUACAGGACCCGGCAAUUUACUCUUAGAAUAGUAUGGGAACAUACAAACAUAGUAUAGAUGUGGCUCAGUUAUGUUUAAUAUGGUGUAUCAACCGCUGCCAUCAUUUUUUCUGACUUCUAUAAUUUGCAAUCUGGUAUUGCUUAAACACCAAAAUAAAACCACUAAAAGGGA